CUUUCUGUGACGUUAUCUUAAACGAUCGAAGGACGAUUUGAAUUGAUGAAUAAACAACCAUGGAAGCAAGAAUGCCUUGUGAUAUCCGUUUUCGUCUGGCACCCCAAAAGAUAUGUUUCAUCGCAACCAACAUUGUCACAGAAGGGCUUCGCAAGAUCUUCAAACAACAGUGGGAUAAGAGGUACAAGCUGAAGGCCUCGUUUGGAGUGUGGGUGGACUCUCGUAAGAAUGGUCUUGAUUUUGAGAGGCUGGAACCGCUGGAUAGUCAAACGAAAAAUGCAAGGUUGCUAAAAGUUAUACGAAAUGGCAAUACUAAAGAGUGGGAUUGUACAGCACUUUCUUUUGAAAUUUUAUUCUCAACAAGCAUCGGAAAGAGUUUGAAUUCAUCGAUUUACAGACACGUCGAUGAUCUUCGAGUGUUUCGUAAUGACAUAUUUGCUCAUGUCGCUAAUGGAACGAUUCCAGAUUCAAAGUUUAACUCUUUAAUUGGAAGAGUUAAAGCAGCGUUCCUGGGGUUAAGCCUAUCUGUUUGUGAUAUAAGAUCGAUUGCUAAUCAAAAGAGCUUCCCCACAAAGGAAUGGAGACUUCUAAGGAAUCAGCUACUUCAAGAGCAAGAGGCAGUGAGAAGCUUGCAAGAAAAAUCAUCAUCUCUCGAGGAGGAACUCAAGUCAAGACUUAAAACAUUUUUGGGAAACCUUCCGACCCUACCUUCUCAUGCGAUUCAAGAGCGCCCAUCUGAAGUGUCGAUUAUAUUGGGACAGAUGAAGGAACUCAAGGUGAGCAACGGAGGAGUAAUAAGUACAGUAUACCUCUUCGGUAACCCUGGUUGCGGCAAGAGUCAGAUUGCCAGAAUGGUCGGGGAUAUGUUUUACAAACAGUUAUCUAGCAAUGAUCCAACUUUCGUUGUUAGUCUAAUUGGUGAAACAUUGGAAACGUUGUUUAGCUCGUAUGACCGUCUGAGCAGAGCUCUUAGUUGUACAGAGUUUGCAAUCAGUAGGAUAAUAACAUCUAAGGACUCACUAGCAGAAAAGUUGGAGCAGUUCCAGAGAUUGGUUACUCCAAAAAUGAAAGAAUUCUCUUCUUGGCUUAUCAUAGUUGACAACGUCGUUGACCUUGAUGCUGUUCGAAGAUUCUGGCCAACCUCUGGAAGUAGAGAGUACGGAAAUGGACAGAUUCUUGUCACAACGCAAGAGAGAAAAUCACUCCCUGGCAAUGGCCCUCGUAGUCACUGCAUUUCUCUCAGUCAAGGUAUGGACCCACAAGAUGCAGUUAAUUUGCUAACUAAAGUUUCUCAGACGCCAAAUCAAGAAGAAGUGGAAGAUUUCGCAGAAGCUUUAGACUAUCAGCCUCUUGCCCUUGCAUGUGCAGCUUGGUACCUUUCCAAUAUGCGGUGUCGUGGAUCGCCAAACUUCAGCUGGAAGAAGUAUUUAAGAAAACUGAAGAAUGGAAAAGAAGAAGCCAUGGGGGAGAUAAAGAAGAAAUGCGAAAGUGGCUACACGAUGUCAAUGCCUGUCGCUGUGCGCAUGGCGGUGGAUAGGGCCGUUGCCAAUGAAAAACUGCUACUUUACACUUUUCAGUUCCUUUUCAUCUGUGCCCCCCCCAGGUCAAUUCCGAUAGAAAUUGUCGUUGAUUUUGUUAGACAACAAAUCCCAAAUUUCGACGAUGAAGACGUUUAAUCUAGAAUAAUGGAAUCAAGUUUGGUGCAGAUCUCAUCCACAAAAGACGGUAAAGAGACGUUGUGGCUUCACCAGAGUUUGUAUCGAGCCAUUAAAAGUAGCAUUCCACCAGAGGAAAACAUUGUAGCUAUAUCAGCGGCCCUCUCCCCUUUGCAGAGAUUGACGGUUAAUUAUGCCGGCCUCGAUUUCACCAGUUUUUGUGGAGCAUUUGAGCGCUUUCUUAAAAUAUGUAAUUUUGGUUCAGCUCUCAUUCGUCAGAAACCCUGAAUUCUAUGGUCAAAUUUCCAAAGUUACAGUACUAGGUGACUUUUUUGAGUGCUUUCUUUCAUAUGCCUUCGCAUGCCUUAACUACGGCAAACUUCCAGUUGUAAAUCAGAGCAUGGAAAAAGUGAAGCACUUCAUGCAGAUGGACAUAACUGUGGACGAAAAGACCUUUUCUCUUUUAUUUUUCUUUUGUGGACGUGCCUCAGUUGAGUUCAGUGAACUCGUUGAUGCAAUCAAAUACCUAGAGAGGUCUCUCGCCAUUAGGCGUCGUAUUUGUGGAAACAAACACCAGACUGUGGCAGAAUGUCUGCGUUAUUUAGGUCGCGCGAACUUCAAUCUGUCAUGUAAUGAGGAAGCUGCUGAGUUUUAUCAAGAGGCCCUCGCUAUCUUCCGCCAGAUAUAUGGGUUGAAACACAAAGAUGUAGCAGAAUGUUUAGUUGGAUUAGGAAAUGCAAGAGGUAAACUUUCCUAUCAUGAUGAGGCAGACGAGUAUUUUCAGGAAGCAUUGUCAAUUUAUCGUGAACUUUUUGGCUCGAAGCACUUGAUAGUGGCGCGCUACCUACAUAAUCUUGGAACUUCGAGCAUUAAUCGUGGUCACUAUGAAAAGGCUGAGCGAUUUCUUGAGGAGGCUCUUACCAUCCAAAUCGAGAUUUCUGGAGAAAAGGAAGAACGGGUGGCAAUUAUUUUAAACAAUUUGGGAAGACUUCACUUGAAGUGUUUGCGCUUCGAAAAAGCCAGGCAGUUCAUGGAAAGAGCGUUCAACAUCAGAUGCGCCAUUGGUAACCAGUUACGUAUAGGACGGAGUCUGUACUUCCUUGGUUAUCUCAGUGAGAUGGAGUCCAAAAUAAGCUCUGCUGAAGAUUACUACUGUCGAUCACUAACAGCAAUUCGCCAAUAUGACCUUCCGGACAAUCACCUCUACGUUAGAGAAACAGUUGAGGCUCUCCAAGGAAUAAAAAGCAAGGCAGAAAAUCAAAGGAAAACUAUCG